ACUGGGUGAGAAAGCCAGAGGAAAGACGAAGGGGACACAUAAUGAGAAGGGAAGACCCAUUCCAGCUUUGUUUCUGUUUCAAGUCACAUCCGGGAGCUUAUUGGCAUUGAUUAUUUUCCAUUUCAUGUCCAAAGGGAACAAACUUGUUAGAUUCUUGUGGUCAGUCAGUUCCCAUCAGGACACAAACGGCGUCUAGAGACAGCGUCUUGGUUUCCCCAUCGUUUGUGAAGGUUCUAACCGUGAGCAUGAAUAACUCGUCUCUACUGGACAGCUUGAUCUUUGCGCCCAUGUGUGAUGGCUGGAGCAACAACACGGAAGGAGCUAUCUACCAUUUGGGAAACACCAUCAUGUUUUUGGGCUACAUGGGGGGGAGUGGGGCCUACGGCUGUCUCUUCAUCUUUGGCUUCCUCACCCCGGCCUACCUGUGCCUGACCUUGUGGGGCUGGAUGACGAUGUGCGGCCUGGACGUGUUCACCUGGAACCUGCUCUUACUGGUGGCCUGCAUCGCUCAGAUCUGUCACCUCCUCUACAGGCUACGCCAGGAGGGCAUAGGCAAAGAGGAGCUGACCUCCCUCUAUCAGGCCGUCUACCUGCCACUGGGCGUACCUGUCCAUGUGUUCAAGGAGAUAGCGAAAGCUUUUGAGAACAAGGUGGUGGAGCUGAAGGCAGGGGAGACGUACGCAGUGGAGGGAAAGACACCCAUCGACCAGCUCUCCUUCCUGCUGUCUGGGAGGAUCAGUGUGUCUUUGGAAGGACAGUUUCUGCAUUACAUCCAACGACACCAGUUCCUGGACUCUCCGGAGUGGGAGUCUCUCAGACCGAACGAGGAGGGGAAGUUCCAGGUGACCCUAACGGCAGAAGAAGAUUCCUGCUAUGUUUCGUGGCGUCGCCGGCACCUCUACAUGCUGAUAUCGAAGGAGCGAUACAUCGCUCGUCUCUUCUCUGUCAUGCUGGGCUACGACAUUGCAGAAAAACUCUACAACCUCAACAGUAAGCUGUACAUCAAGAGCGGCGUGCUGCUGGACAUCCGCCUGCCCAGCCUCUACCACGUGCUGGUGCCUUCCUCGCAGGCCAGCGAGGGCGGUAGCUGCAGUGAUGGAGGCAUUGUUAAGCAGCCGCAGGCUGUGAGGCAGGACGAAGACCAAACCCAGGCCAAUGAGAACCCCGGUCACCCUCAACACCUUCAACCGCACCAACAGGGACCAAGGAAUACCUUCCCAGAUGAGCCCCAGGACCUUCAGCCUGACCACUAUCACCAGCGCUGGGCGUCAGAGCCGGAGAUGAUCUCGGGUGAGGACUCCACCAGCCUGGUUCUGGAGGACUUUGCUGAUGUUGCAGGCUCCUUAAUGGAUUAUGGCAGUGAGAGAGAUUAUUUGAGAUAGAGAGACAGGGUGUUGGAGCUAACACACGGGGUCACCACUUAAGCGUCAUCAGAUGGUGAAACUGAUGCGGAUCUACCACCUCGAUUCCAAAGAGGCAGAGCUCCACUGGCUCCCACUGAAACUCCCAAACUGUGAGGAGAGUCUCUCCUACAAAACACAAAUGUGUCACAGUUCACCUGUUACGACAGCGUCUCAUUCUCAAGCUCCCACUGCGUCUGCACUCCAGUCCGGUCCUUACCUCAGUUACAUCUUCGCUCCUCCAGAACUGGAACACAUCUGGUUCUUCAGCAUCUCUCUUCAAAAUGCAUGUCGAACAUGUUGACUUGCAGAUUUUCUAUCAAUAAUCUGGCUAAAAUCGUACUUCUCCGGAACUGAGGCAGGAGAAAGAGGGGGGAUUGAGCGAGAGAUAGCUAGAGAUAGAUAGAUAGAGAGAGAUUUUUUUUUCACUUAUUCACUUACCAGCACAAUAAAAUCUGAGAAGAUUUAUGUUAAAAAUAAGCAUGUCCAAUAUGAACUUUUUGCCGAUAUCCGGUAUACCAAUAUUGUCCAAACACUUAAUUUCCGAUUCCGAUAUCAACCAAUACCGAUAUAGGCCUGGUAAUAUUUAUGUAUUUAUCUGUACAAACCACUGUAUGAGUUGAUUAUUAACAUAAAUGAAUAAAAUGAGCUGUAAUGCUGCCAUCUCGUGCCUUUCACUUCAAUAUACAGCCGUUUGUCCCCAAAAUUAUUCUUAGGGCACAUGAUUUGGUAAAACCCAAGCAUAGCGUUAUCAGGUUUUCAUUAUCGGAAUAAAAACGAUAACAAUUCUUACAUAUAUUAUAAUUAUGCUAAUGUCAGUCGCCUGACAUUAGCAUAAUUAUGCUAUUAUCACAUUGGCUCAAGUCUAAUAAAAUAAACAUGUUUUUAAUUUUUUUAUUUGAACUAAAAUUACUUAGUAAGUUUUGAUAUUGGCAUCACAUAUCGUCCUUAUUUUAACACAUUUGGUUCAAAUU